UUAAGUCUUAAUGUAUCGUUCCAAACACUCUGCAGAUUAGGUUUCCCCUUUUCAUCUUCCGUCAAAAAAGCAAUUCCUUCGUUCUUCUCUCUUCUCUUUCACGGGAAUUCUGAAUUGUUCUUUGAUUAUUGAAUUUUAUUUAUCAAUUGUUGAUUACCAUGGAGAUGACUCAUGUUCAACUCCAAUUUAUUCGUGAAAGCUGGCAGUGGUGGUGGUUGAAAAACUUUUUUGUUGGGUCCAGGUUAUGUAUUACUUUUUGGGUUUUAAACUAUGCUGUGUGAUAUGAAGAACUUUAUGGUAUGUGGUUUUACUUUUUGCGAAAGUAGCAGUUGCUGAAAAACUUUUGGUGAAUCAAGUAAUAUGUCUGACAGACCUUCUUUGAGGGCUAUAUAAGAGGUUCCAUUUGUCAUUUGGUAUUGUCGAAAACAAAGGUUCUUAUUUGUAAGUUUGUUUUCAAUCUACUCUGAUUCUGAUGACUUCUUCUGUUUCAAUCGAUUCUGUGUUGGCUCUUUGUCCUCCAAACCAUAACUGGAGGAUUAAGGUUAGGGUGGUGAGAUUGUGGAUUGCUGAUUCCUACACGGGAGAUAACAAACCUGUGUCAAUGGAGCUGAUAUUGGUGGACCAAUAUGGCGGAAAGAUUCAAGCUUCAAUUAGGAAAAUUUUGUUUAGGAAGUGGGCUGAGGUUAUAGUUGAAGGAAAUAUGUAUGUGAUGACAUUUUUCCAUUUGAUUCCAAAUAUGGGUUCCUACCGCCCCACUGAACAUGGCUUUAGGAUCUUAUUUAAUAACAAAACCAAUGUCAUUCCAUGUGAGAGUAGUAUCAUACCAAGGUGGGGAUUUACAUUGAAGGAUAGUGAAGCUGUUAAUGGAGAUGUUGUGCAGCCUGAGUAUUUAGUUGAUGUGUUGGGUUUGUUGACUGCUGCUUCUGAACUGAGGACCUACAUUAAGGAUGGAAUUUCCACUAGGAUGUUGUUGAUUGAAAUUAGUGAUGAGAAGGGUAAAGUAGAGUGUGCUCUAUUUGGUGAUUAUGCUGAUAUUGUGUCUGAUUUUAUUGCUGCUAAUGCCAAUGAAAAACCCGUUAUUGUGUUCCAGCUUGCCAAGAUCAAAACUUUCAGAGGAAAAAAUGUAUUGCAGAAUGUGAUGAAAGCUUCGAGGGUUAUCUUUAAUCCUGAAAUUGCUGAGGUUAUUAGUUUUAUGGAUAGGUACACGAUAUUUAUGUGGUUCAGUGGUUUAUACUGAUUUCGGGAAUUAAAAUUUGU